AUGGGAAGAUCGUUGGAUGCAUUGAUUGCAUUGGAGCGCUUAUCAUCAUUGGCAAAGUGUGACGAAAACUCGGAGAUCUUCAAGUUCAUUGAGGAUUUGACCCUGUUUACCCGCCAUAAUCGCGAUCUCAUAGACGAGAAUCCGCGUCAACUGUACAUAAGCGGACUCAUAUUUGCACCUACUGGCAGCCUUGUUCGCCAGAUAUAUGCAAAUGAAGCUCUCGGGGCCGUUCAACAUCUCCCCAAAACACGUCCUCGGUGGCCUUACUGUUUUCUUCAGAGUCUCGAAGGUCACAAUGAUAAUGUCCAAGCAUUGGCCUUCUCGGAUAGAAGGACUAUUUUGGCAUCAGCAUCUAGUGAUUUUACAAUAAGAUUAUGGAAUACGGGAACAGGUAAAACGCUACGAAUAAUCAAAGGAUUUCAAUAUCCAAUCACAGCCAUUAGCUUUUCGAAAGAAGGUAUAGAGCACUUCCUAGCCUCCUUAUCUGACCGUGUGGUUCAAAUAUGGGAUGUGAGGACGGGCUGUUGUGUUUACACUCUACCUAACCCAUCGGGCUACAAGGCAAUGACUUGGAUAAAUGACGAACCUUUACUGCGAGUCAUCUCUUAUGACUGUGUUGUUGAAUAUUGGAGUCCAGAUUCAGAGAGGUUACAGAGACAGGUCGGAUCAAAUGAGUGGGUGAAGCACGGUACCUUUCUGAUAUUCUCGGGCGACACCAUGACAUUUGCAACAUGGUCGGACGUUGGCCCAAUCCACAUCUGGCGUGUUUUGGGUGAUUUCUGUAGCGAGAAGGUUGCUUUGAAUCAUAUUUGGGAGUCCCGAUUAGUAUCACUUUCAUAUGACGGAGCGCUAGUCGCAACAGCUGAAAAGAUGAUACGAAUCUAUGACACCAAUACAGGCAACACACUCUUUUCACUUGAAGGGGAUUUUAUGUAUAUCCAAGCCCUUGCUUUUGCGCCAAAUUCUCGCUUGCUUGCUUCUGGGUCGAAUGAUAGGACAGUUAGGCUUUGGAGUCUCAGCACGAAGCAGUGUCUGCAGAAACUGGAAGGGCACAGACUCCCCAUCAUUUCUCUUGAAUUUUCCGAUACAAGUGAUACUCUUGCAUCUGGUUCACAGGAUGCGACGGUUCGUCUUUGGGAUGUCAAUGCUAUCCCGGAGAAUGAGAUACAAGAAAAUCCACAAGAUGACCUCAAUAGAGUUACCACACUGGCAGUAGCAGAGGAUGGACAAAUGUUUGCAGUCGGGUUUUCGGACUCGUGUAUCCAUUUGUAUCACAUUCAGAAUGAAAAACGCCCUACGAUUUUGAAAUUUCAUGAAGAUCAGAUCAGUGAUCUGUACUUCCUGGAAGAUGGAAAAACAUUAGCAUCCGCAUCCUUUGAUGGUACAAUUCAGCUUUGGGACACUGCCUCUGGUCAGCAUUUGAAAACGUUUGUUCAGUAUCCUGCUGCAAUUCAAGGUCUCGUCUUCACAGAAGAUCACGAAAUGCUGGCAACAAUUUUACUGGACUUUACCAUCAGUACUUGGACAGUUAAAACCGAGGCACUCCCAAUACUUGUUGGCCAUACGAGCUAUGUUGAAAGUGCUGUGUUCUUAAAGCCUGAUCAAAUACUGGCCUCAUCUUCUAGGGAUAAAACCAUCCGAAUUUGGGACAUCGUGGCUGGGGUUUGCCUUAGGACACUAAACGGUCACGAACAUUGGGUGAACGGUUUGGCCUUCAGCCAGGACGGAAAUACCCUUGCAUCUGCGUCUCCUGACAAUACGGUUCGGCUUUGGGAUGUCUCAAGUGGGCAUUGUCUUAAAGUCAUCCCACAUCCUUACGGGGUGGAAUCUGUGGCUUUUUCUCGCGAUCAGACUAUCCUUGCUUCUAUCUCUGGACAGGGCAUAAUACGCGUCUGGGAUAUUUCCCAGAGUCCGAAUCUAAAGAAGACGUUGAUUGAGCCUCCUUCUCGAAAAUUUGGCUUAACAUCCACUGGUCAGUAUCUUAUUACGGAUCGUGGGUCUCUGGCGCUUGAUAUGGACCCUCAAUUCCGGAAGCCAUGGGAACAGCCUCGUUCGAGGAUUUAUGUUGGCCGUGAGUGGAUAUUAAACGGAACACAAAGGGUUCUCUGGAUUCCACCAAGCUAUCGCAGCUCUAAAUUUCUAAUGAUACGCGAUAAAACGGUGGUUUUUGUGGGUGAAUCUGGUGAGGCCUUGUUUCUCCGCUUUCGCUGA